AGCAAAGUUUACACCAAGUAGGGGAGCAGGUGCCUUAAAGUCUGGCUUUGCCCCCAAAAGGUCAGGUGCCAGGACAAAAAUCCACCUGAAGUGAACCAGGAAAGUGAAGCGAACCAGGAAACCAUGUUGCUAAAGCAAACAGAGGGUGCGGGCUCCCAGCAGGCGACUACCAGCACAGAGCAGACAGACUCCUGUUCCUAGGCCGUGCAAGCAGGACGUAUCGCAGAUGCGCUGAGAUGGGCUGGCAAGGUUCAUGGGGGCUGGGUUUGCUCCUGGGCUUUCUGCUGCACUCGAGGUGGCUCCUGCAAGCGAACUCUGCUGCUUCUCCAGCGACGGAGGUGAUAGGAAACCCUGCCACCACCACCCCACCCCCGACAACUGCUGUGGGUACCAGGCCCUCCACUGCCCAAAGUCCAGCGAUGCCAGGCACCACCUCUGCAGCGCACUCCCCCGCCGAGCCAGCUGGAAUCACAGGUACAGCCACUGCUGCAGAGACAGCCGUGUUUCUAACUCUGCUUGUGACCAACAGCCCAGCUGAGACACAGCAAACAGUGGUGGCCGACAGUCCCACUGAUGUGUCGAGUACUGCAACAAGCGAGAGCACAGCCCCAGCUCCUCGCACCACGGCAGCAGAACGGGGAACUUCAGCGAGCACCGUGGCAGAGACACUCGUCACCAGCACAACAGCUAAUACCACAACCGCCGUCAGCACCGCUGCAGCAACAGAGGUUCCGCGAACAGUCCGUGCUACCACCGUCCCAGCUGGAAACACGACGGCUACGUUCCCAGCUGCACCGAGCACUCCAGCAACUCAGAACUUCAGUGCAGCUCCAACAGCUGUAUCUGGGUCGAUGGCAGCAGGGACAAACACAACCGCACAAGAUACCCCCUCAGCGGCUCUAACUACACCUAGAGUACAAUCCACACCAAAUGCAACCCCAGCUUUACUGGACACCAGCUCGGCAGCAGAGACCACCAGAGCCACUCCUGACAUCACCCCACCCCUAGGAACCACAAAGACAGUGACCUCGACCACAGCAAGCCAGGAUGUCCCCACGCCAGCUGACACGACACCCAUGGCAACUCUGACCAGCGCAGGAGAAACCACCGCAGCAGCUCCAACAACCACCGCACACCUGGAGACUACUGCAGGAAGAGAGACACUCACAACAGCCUCUGUUGUCGCCAUGCCAAACACAACCACAACUCAAGGGGAUGUCCCCACAGCAACAGAAACCAUCCCUUCAGUGCUUGUCACCCUCACCACACCGAGCGUGACUACCACGGCUGUUCAGACCACCACACCAACGUCUGUCACCACGUCCCCGACGGAAACAGCAUCCACAGUGGGCUCCAGCACAGAAGCCACCCUGGCGUCCGACAGUCCCGCUGAUGUGUCGAGUACUGCAACAAGCGAGAGCACAGCCCCAGCUCCUCGCACCACGGCAGCAGAACGGGGAACUUCAGCGAGCACCGUGGCAGAGACACUCGUCACCAGCACAACAGCAAAUACCACAACCGCCGUCAGCACCGCUGCAGCAACAGAGGUUCCGCGAACAGUCCGUGCUACCACCGUCCCAGCUGGAAACACGACGGCUACGUUCCCAGCUGCACCGAGCACUCCAGCAACUCAGAACUUCAGUGCAGCUCCAACAGCUGUAUCUAGGUCGAUGGCAGCAGGGACAAACACAACCGCACAAGAUACCCGCUCACCGGCUCUAACUACACCUAUAGUACAAUCCAUACCAAAUACAACCCCAGCUUUACUGGACACCAGCUCGGCAGCAGAGACCACCAGAGCCACCCCAGAUAUCACCCCACCCCUAGGAACCACAAAGACAGUGACCUCGACCACAGCAAGCCAGGAUGUCCCCACGCCAGCUGACACGACACCCAUGGCAACUCUGACCAGCGCAGGAGAAACCACCGCAGCAGCUCCAACAACCACCGCACACCUGGAGACUACUGCAGGAAGAGAGACUUUCACAACAGCCUCUGUUGUCGCCAUGCCAAACACAACCACAACUCAAGGGGAUGUCCCCACAGCGACAGAACCCAUCCCUUCAGUGCUUGUCACCCUCACCACACCGAGCGUGACUACCACGGCUGUUCAGACCACCGCACCAACGUCUGUCACCACGUCCCCGACGGAAACAGCAUCCACAGUGGGCUCCAGCACAGAAGCCACCCUGGCGUCCGACAGUCCCGCUGAUGUGUCGAGUACUGCAACAAGCGAGAGCACAGCCCCAGCUCCUCGCACCACGGCAGCAGAACGGGGAACUUCAGCGAGCACCAUGGCAGAGACACUCGUCACCAGCACAACAGCUAAUACCACAACCGCCGUCAGCACCACUGCAGCAACAGAGGUUCCACGAACAGUCCGUGCUACCACCCUCCCAGCUGGAAACACGACGGCUACGUUCCCAGCUGCAGCGAGCACUCCAGCAACUCAGAACUUCAGUGCAGCUCCAACAGCUGUAUCUGGGUCUAUGGCAGCAGGGACAAACACAACCGCACCGGAUACCCCCUCAGCGGCUCUGACUACACCUAUAGUGCAAUCCACACCAAAUGCAACCUCAGCUUUACUGGACACCAGCUCGGCAGCAGAGACCACCAGAGCCACUCCUGACAUCACCCCACCCCUAGGAACCACAAAGACAGUGACCUCGACCACAGCAAGCCAGGAUGUCCCCACGCCAGCUGACACGACACCCAUGGCAACUCUGACCAGCGCAGGAGAAACCACCGCAGCAGCUCCAACAACCGUCGCACACCUGGAGACUACUGCAGGAAGAGAGACACUCACAACAGCCUCUGUUGUCGCCAUGCCAAACAGAACCACAACUCAAGGGGAUGUCCCCACAGCGACAGAACCCAGCCCUUCAGUGCUUGUCACCCUCACCACACCGAGCGUGACUACCACGGCUGUUCAGACCACCGCACCAACGUCUGUCACCACGUCCCCGACGGAAACAGCAUCCACAGUGGGCUCCAGCACAGAAGCCACCCCGGCGUCCGACAGCCCCGCUGAUGUGUCGAGUACUGCAACAAGCGAGAGCACAGCGCCAGCUCCUCGCAGCACGGCAGCAGAAAGGGGAACUUCAGCGAGCACCGUGGCAGAGACACUCGUCACCAGCACAACAGCUAAUACCACAACCGCCUUCAGCACCGCUGCAGCAACAGAGGUUCCGCGAACAGUCCGUGCUACCACCGUCCCAGCUGGAAACACGACGGCUACGUUCCCAGCUGCACCGAGCACUCCAGCAACUCAGAACUUCAGUGCAGCUCCAACCACGGGAUCUGCUGCUAACCCUAACUCCACUGCCCUGCCCUGGGUCCCAGAUGUCCCGAUGGAAAAGCAGACGACAGCGCUACCCACCUGCCAUCCUCCAGCUGCCAACCCAACUGAUGCUCGCCUCUUCCUGUCGCUGGGACUGACCACUCACCUGAACCUCAGCGAGCCCCAGGUCAGGGCUAUGGUUUUGUCCAAGCUUGAGCAAGAGCUAAAAAUGAAGUUCCCAUGCACCGGGUUCACCGUCCUCUGGAAAGGAGAGGGCGGAAAGUGAGCAGCGAUUCUGCUGGCCCCCAAGGAACCGACGGCUUCAUGUCUGGGUGCCACGGUGAGCGGGACAAGGGCCACGACACGAAAGGGGACCACGCGGCUGCUGCUACCUGUGCUCAUCGACUCCGGAGUGGAAACCCCACCUGGAGGAUACAGCUUUAACCCCAGAGAAGAAAUCUCUCUUCUGCGUGCCGAGACCUCAGGCUUUCUUUUGCCAUAACCCUCCUGGACUCUGUUUCUCAAAGGCCAGACCCCCAUGGCGAUUCCAUAGACAGUAAGAAUUCAGAAAAGAGGUGAAUGCCCUUUAAAGGUCCCAGUGAAGAUGAAAAAUGUCAGGUCUGGAGAUUUCCCCUCUUCCUGUAUGAAAGGAGCCGAUGCUUUGAAUUGCAAGCUCUUGGGACUGUCUCUUACUAUAUAUCCGUACAUCCUAGCACCAUAUCUCAGUCACAGCCACGAGGCCUCGCUGUCAGAUAAUCAAUAGUAUUGGGAUCUUGGGGGGGACCAGCAAGUGGAGGCUCUGACUCCCGCUGUAUUACUGCUGUCCAGGUGCAGGCGAAUCCUGCCUGCCCAGUAUAAAAGGGGUUGUUUUUCCCAAUUCUGCAGGAUCCUUCACUGGAUUUUUCCAGUUCCAGCUGAGCUGUUUGUCCCUUUCCGGGAGGCAAAUGAAACUAGUAAUUCAUUAACUGGUUAAUCAGCCAGGUAAAGUCACACUAAAAUAAUGUUUAGUUAGAGCAAUCUUUUAAACACUCCCCUUGUUUUAAAAACUCCAGAAAACCAGACUUUUGGGAGUUUCAAGACCAAAUCAAAUAAUAAUUUUGGUUUUUAUUUAAUCCCUGGCCUAGCACUGGAUUCAGACUCGAGAUAGGGUGUAAUGUUUUUUAACUGUGAGAGUAAUUAACCACUGGAACGAUUUACCCAGGAUCGCGGUGGAGUCUCCAUCACUGGCAAUUUUUAAAUCACAAUUGGACGUUUCUCUAAAAUAUCGGCUCCCAGAAUUCUCUGCGGGACAUUCUAUGGUUUGUGUUACGCAGGAGGUCGGACGAGCUGGGUUCCUCUUCCAACCUCCAAGCCCAGGGAGCAAAGCUGCUGGUUCUGAUUCUCUCCCACAUCAUGCUGCAUAUAGAAAACACAGAAGACCCCCUUAUGUAAACUGAGGCAGAACCUGUGUUCCCAGCCCGGAGCCUGGCUAGUGCCCUCUCAGGGACUAGGGCUGCUUGCCUGUGCUGUUUGCACUCUCCGCACUCUCUUUACCUCCACCAUCCCUUUAAAGGUAAACAGCUCCAAUAGGUGGGCUGGCCCUAAGCGGUAGGUUUUCCAGGGCCCUGUGCUAAGUAACACACAGACUCAUAGAAUCGUAGGACUGGAAGGGACCUCGAGAGGUCAUCUAGUCCA